AUGUCUUCGCUGCCUUCUGUAACCCAAGUUGACGUUGAUAACUUUGUGUGUCCACCGUCUGAUAAACCUCCUGCCUCCUCCACCGUCCUGUUUCUUGGUGGUGCAGGUGUUAGAGAUUUGUACAUCGAUGGCAACUUCAAGAAAUUUACAGCCAUAGGGGUGUAUUGGGAGCUUAAUACCGUGCCAUUACUUGCUGCUAAGUGGAGGGGAAAGACUGCCCAAGAGUUGAUGGAUUCGGUCAAAUUCUUCAGAGACAUCGUCACAGGUGCCUUUGAGAAGUUCAUACGGGUGACAAAGGUCCUGACAUUAACGAGUCAGCAAUACUCUGAAAAAGUGGCAGAAAAUUGUGUUGCCAUUUGGAAAUCUCUUGAACUUUACACUGAUGCGGAAGCAAAAGCCAUUGAAAAAUUCCUUGAGUUCUUCAAGGAUGAAAACUCUGACUCCUCCACUCUUUUCACACUAUCAGCCCAUGGUUCAUUAACGAUCAGCUUUUCCAAAGAUAGUUCUGUGCCACAAGUUGGCAUAGCAGUGAUAGAGAAUAAACUACUUGCAAAUGCAGUGCUGGAGACUAUCAUUGGCAAGGAUGGUGUUUCUCCUGUAUCAAGGAAAAGCUUGGCAUCAAGAUUAUCAGCAUUGUUCGAUGACUCUGGUGAGAAGGCGGCCCAGGAUGGGAAACCGGAGUCUCAGUGGUUUCGAGUCUCCUGUCUCUCAGACCAGCUGAUAUGGUUGCCACCUAGAGGAAUACCAAGGUAA